AUGCACAUGAGGGACUUGGAUUCAACUAUAGUGGCCAUCUUCGGUCAACCUCCUGCCCACAUCGAUCUAGCUGAUAGUCAAGUACGUCGAGACAAUGCAGCCGUGAUUGUUCUGCUGGUUCUCAGCAUAAUUGCAGUGGGUCUCCGAUUCAUCGCGAGACUGGCCGUGCGGAAUCCUUUUCGACUGGACGACUGGUUGAUUCUGGCGUCCCUGGUGGGUGAACAAGAUGAGUCGAUCAGCGAUGGGUCUUCAAGCGGUGCAUUUGGCGCUGGAAAACAUGUAUGGACAGUAUCUCUGGCCGAUGUGUCGACCAUCUUCAAGCUUACCAGGCAGAUCCUGUUCACGUACACCUUUAUGUAUGCUGCCGGAUGUUCAGCAUAUAAACUCUCGAUCCUUUUCUUCUACCGCCGGAUCUUUGUGAUUGUUCACCAGCCCCUCUCCCUCCGAAUCUCCAUUUUGCUGGGAUUUGUGCUCGCGCUCUCAUACCCUGUUAUUGUCUGGGUGGCCAUGGGAAACUGCUGCCAACCGCUGUCCUAUUUCUGGAAUCAGUUCCAAGGUGCGUCAGGAACGUGCAUUGACACUGAUACAUUCUUUCUCGCGACCGGAAUCAUCAAUAUGGUCACCGACUUCAUAAUUCUUAUUAUUCCCUUUCCACAAAUCGCAAAGCUCCAAAUGAACCGCCGGAAGAAGAUUGCUGUUUGCCUAAUUCUUGCGUUAGGUGGCUUCGUUUGCGUGGCCAGUGCCGUGCGCAUAUAUGUUCUAUAUCGAUUUACCCAAGCUCAUGAUAUUACUUGGAUGAUGGGACCGCUGUUUAUCUGGUCCAGUAUUGAGCCAUCCGUAGCUAUUGUUUGCGCCUGUCUCCCCCAUCUCGGACCACUGGCGCAGAGACAAGACUUGCUCUCCUUCCGUCUGUCGUGUCUACCUGAAACACUACCGAAACCGGGCCAAGGGUCUCUGAGCCUCACCCAAAGUCCGAUCUACAUGUAUGUCUCUACUGAUUGA